AUGUCAGGGCUUCGAAAGGUCGACAUUAUUCAAGCGUCCUUCAAAUUAGUAGCCGAGCUUGCCGCAACCGUAACGUGUUGUGGAGUGCUUGAGCUCAAAGCCCACGACGAGGACAGGAACGCGCAACUGGACUACUCGCUAGUGGAGGCAUCAGGCGGAGGACAGCAGGCGGUGGCGUCUAUUUUCGAAGUGGAGAAGGGCGGGCGUGUGAUACUGCGGCGAGGUCUUGAUUUCGAGUCCUGCCAAAACUACAUCCUCCCUGUCAGCGUCACAGACGGUGACUUCAGUGCUGAAACCACGCUCCAUGUAACCGUGGCCGAUGUCAAUGACGAGGCACCACGGUUUGAAAUUAAUCCCAUCCACCUUACAGCUGAGGAAGGCACCUCGGCCAAGCGAUCCAUUGGACAGGUGCGUGUAUACGAUCCAGACAGCGUGGAGGUGAACGGGGUGGUGCGCUGUAAGGAGCCAGAGGAGUGGGUCCACCGACAAGUCCUACUCUUCACACCCGAUCCACAGGCCCACCCUUCAGCGGGUCUCUACGACCUUCAAACUCGUCUCGAGCUGGAUCGUGAGGGACCUGACACCCUCGCCGGUGGAGUGGCGCUGGUUCGCUUCAUUUGUUGGGAUGCCAACGAAGUGAUCCACACUCCCUCUGCUACCUCCACAUUCGGCGGCGCCGUACGCCGCCUCACUUCGACUCUCACUGCCACUCUCACCAUCCGUGAUGUCAAUGACAAUCCACCCACUUUCUACCAACCAGUGUAUCAUGUUGCUGUGGCCGAGAACAAUCAUAUUGGAACAAAAAUUAUUCAAGUGCAAGCUCACGAUCCUGACGAUGGGGAGAAUGCGGAGAUCACCUAUUCCCUCCUCGAUCGUGCCAACUUUCAUGUUGAUCCCGUGUCCGGUUGGGUGACUGCGGCCAUCGAAUUCGACCGGGAGAAACGCGACUCCUACCAGGUCACUAUUAUUGCCUCCGACAACGGAUCUCAACGACUGACCGGAUCUGCUCUGCUGAAUGUGACAAUUCUUGAUCAGAAUGACAACCCACCCCAUUUGCUGCCUUGUGACAAGGUCCCAACUCCCCUUGUUGUGUGGGAAAAUUCACCCAUCGGCACUUUUGUGGGUGACCUCAUAGCUAGUGAUGCGGACAUCGGACGAAAUGGUGAACUGGUUUUCCGACUGCCCAAGAAACUUGCCUUCACUUCACACUUUGAGUUGCGACCCAAUGGAUCCCUCUUCACUGCUCUACCUCUCGAUCGGGAGCAAAAGGUUGGCAAGUUUUCCACUUUUGAUGUCAACUUCUGGGCCUUCCUGGCGACCUAUGAAUUACCGGUAGAGGUGCGAGAUCGUGGAAGUCCUAACGCUCUCUCCUCAACAGAAACCAUCUGCAUCAAGGUGUUGGACGAGAAUGACAAUGACCCACACUUUGUCCUACCCGAUCGGCUUUAUUCUCUCGAAGAUCAACUGCCAGACACUCCUUCAGCCUACCUUCGGAAACGGGAAUCCACCGAGAUGGCCUCGGAUGCUAGUGAAGGUGCCACAAAAUUUGCCAAGGGUGCUUCGGUUGCAGCUGAAAUGGGUGGCGGUAGAGGCGACGCAGAGGCGGCUGACAACGGCGGUGGCUAUGAGCCAUCAUUGCGCAUCUCCCUGCACGAAAUGAAUGGCCAAUUGAUUACGCGACUGGAGGCCACCGAUCCGGACGAGGACGCAAAUGGUCGGGUGGUGUACGGACUGCGACGACACACGCACUCGCGUGCCCGUCUGAACCGUGCUGCAGGCGAUUUUCUCGGUGUCAACGGCAACACCGGAGAGAUAUGGCUCAAACGAACUCUGCAGGAAGAUGAUCUAGGGCCUCAUUUCUUCGUUGUCUCGGCUAACGAUCAGGGAACAAGCAUGUCGCGUUCAGAAAGCAAGGUUCUGCUAGUAUCAGUAGAGGACAUCCCUCCGCGGUCGUUGGACGUCGGCGGUGCAAGUUCUAGUUUCAUCGCCUCAUCUGAGGGCGGUGAUGGCGAAGGAGGUGUGCUAGCCAAUCUCUUUCCCUUUAAGUUGGGUGAAAGGAAAAAUGUUCUCAUUCUCGUCGGUCUCAUCUCAGUCUCAGUUAUUCUUGCUGUUAUCCUCGUUGCUGCGAUGAUCUGUAUGCUCAAACCCUGCAGAUCCUCUUCGCGUCAAACUCACCGAUUCUUCAAUCAACAUCGAAUGUCCCAAGAUGGAACGGUAAACGUUGCCACAAUGCAGGCGCACACGGCGGCGAACGGCGGCAUCAUCUCACUGCAAGAAACGCGCCUCAUCGACAACACCUCGGUGGACAACUACGGGAGUGGUAUCGGUGUCGGUAAUCACGACUACGGCUACGGCCCGCCUGUCUCGCCUGUCGAUGUUGGCGAACCCGAUGGCUGGGUGGGUAGCGACGGCAAAGGAGGCAUUUUCCGUGUUGUUAACGCUGACGCUGACAGCUCAGUCAAUGAAGAGGCUACCAACAGGGUGCCUCAGAUGUGGAACAAGUACAACUCCCUGCCACGAGAUCGGUUCGAGAGAUGCGGAAGCCCUCUGAGUCUCAACCAGGAGAACCUCUGCAGUACCACUUCUACUGCGGGUAUGUUGAUGACCCCACUGCGCGAAAUCGGGGAGAUCCCACCCGCAGUCAGAUCACCCAACCACUGGGCUGCUGCUACACUCUCCCGGGAAACGAACUUUCAGAGCAACAGCACAUCACACAUCGCACUCCCUGUGACCCUCCUGCCUGCAGUAUGUUUGCACUCCUCCGGAACGAAUGUAGUGACGGCAAGUAACCCCUUCGCCCCCACCACCAUUGUCUCUGUCAACUCCACCACCACUACCUUCCAGCCGACAAUGGGUAAGAAAGCAGAGAUGGAGAUUCGACUGGCCGAACACGCCUCGGACUCUGGCCGAGGUGCCAGUGAUGAGGAUCUGCGAUUUCAAUCACAACCCCCUCCAGUCAUUAAUCUCGUACAACUUCCCUGUGAAUUCAGUGAAGAGGACCCAUGGAAACGGACAGUGGGAGGAGAGGCACCUUGCAGCGACGACUUUGUUCGGCUGCGGACCAGCACAAUUCACCCCAGUCUCUCAAAGCACUCCACAGAUGCCUUGGAAACGCAGAAUUGUUUGCACUUCAGCGUUGCAGCUAUUCCUGGCCAGGUCAACAUUGUGCAUCGCCGUCUACCUGCCUGCUAG